AUGUUCAAGUAUCUUAUCGGACAAGGUCAUGAGGAGUUUGCAACCAUGAGACAGCAGGAUGCAUUUGAAUUCCUCCUUCAUCUAUUCAAGUCGGUCAGCCUAUCGAAACACACCAGUCCGCAGAUUAACCCAGUGCAGGAAUUUCGCUUCCAGGUUGAGCAGCGUCUUCAGUGUUUGCAUUGCAAGAAAGUCCGCUAUAAAGUGGAUGAGCAAGAUAACAUUUCGGUUGCUGUUCCCGCACGUCCUGCUACCACCUCUGAUGAAACAGGAAAGCGAUUUGAAUCUGUGGAUUUGUUGGAGUGCCUAGACAUCUUUACUUCGGCGGAGGUCGUCGAGCUUACAUGUCCUGCUUGUGGUAGCCAGGGUGGCUUUUCGAAGCAGUCGUCUUUCAAAACAUUGCCUCGGGAAUUAGUGGUCAAUGCUCGUCGGUUUGAGCUCGUCAACUGGGUUCCUACAAAGUUGGAUAUCCCCGUGCUGGUCAACGACAAGCCAUUAGAUUUCAGCUCUUACCUUGCUGGUAAGCAUGAUGCGGGUGAAGAGCAACUUCCCGAUAUUGAAGAAUCUACGGCGUUUGUCCCGAAUCCGGAAGCACUUGACCAACUGAUGGGCAUGGGGUUCCCUGCUGUGAGGUGUGAAAAAGCUCUACAUGCCACUGGUAACUUGGAUUCGGAAACUGCUAUGAAUUGGCUGUUUGCCCACAUGGAAGAUCCAGAAAUCGAUGAACCAUUGGUCCUUGAUAGAAUCAGCACCUCUAGUUCUACUGGACAAGAUGCGACAAAAAUUGCCCAACUAGGAGACAUGGGUAUUGAGGCGUCUCGUGCACAGCGAGCAUUGGCUGCGACGGACGGCGACGUUAAUAGGGCACUUGAUUGGGUUUUCACUCACCCGGAUGAUGUGGUGGAAGAGGAAGAGCCAAAUGCCGACGACCACGACGCACAGUCUCAUAAUGGCUCAGUUGGGCUCACUAGCUUACCUGCUCGCUAUGAAUUAAGGUCAAUCGUAUGCCACAAAGGCACAUCUGUUCAUGCAGGGCAUUAUGUUGCCGUGAUUCGCAAAACAUUGGCAGAUCAAAGCGGCCUUUCAUGGGUAAUGUUCAAUGAUGAAAAAGUUGUCAAAUUUGAAGAUGUCGAAGCGAUGAAGAAAACCGCAUAUCUUUACUUUUUCACACGGGUCUAG